CUAUAUUUGUGUUUUAAAACUUGGUGUAACGGAACGAGUGAAACGUAAUUUUAAUUAUUAUAAUUAUGAUUAAAAUAUUCUCUAAAUAAAAUUACUGAGUUACCUUUACUUGACAUAAUAAAUCGAGCCAAAUUAAUGUGUGUAUUUUAAAAUAAAUCUUCAAGACGUUAAGCAAGUUUUUUCUAAUUUUUUUCUUGUCAACAAUUUUUGAGAUACAUCGAUGUUGGGAAAAUUCAAGUUACUGUUUAUCUAUUUUCAAUUUUUGUUUCAAGGCUUACUCCACAUGUUUGAUUGUAGGUUAAAUUAUACCUAUUUAUUGUAAUUUAAAUAUAAAUGUCAAUUAAAUGCUUUCAAAAAUGAUGGUUUCACAACCACAUUGUAGUACAAUUAAUAGAAAGAAUUCAAAUUCAGUGAAUGAAACUUAUGAAAAAAUGACAAAUGAAAAAAAGGUAACAAAAAUUGAUGAGAUGACAACUAAUGGAUUGCGUGUACCAGGUUCAAAUUGGGAAAAAUACAAAAGCCUUUUGGGAGAAUCGAAGGCUACUAAUAAAGAAUCAACAGAAUCAUCAAUUAAUAAAUCGCCGAGAAAACGUUAUCGAGCUAAAAAAUUCGAUAAUCAACAAGAGGAUUUACAGGUUCCAAUGCAAUCGAAAGCGGCGAAACAAAUUUUAAACGAACCAAAGGAAGGUGAGGCAAUUUUAACAAAACAAAUUGCAAUGGACUGUGAAAUGGUGGGAAUUGGCGAUGGCACUGAAAAUAUGGUUGCACGCGUCUCAUUGGUGAAUAAAUAUGGUAAUUGUAUUUACGAUAAAUAUGUGAAGCCAACGGAGAAAAUCCAGGAUUAUAGAUCGGCAGUGAGCGGAAUAUAUCCACAUCAUUUAACUGACGCUGAGGAAUUUAAAAUUGUACAAAAUGAAGUUGCUGAAAUACUUAAGGGACGUUUUUUAAUUGGUCACGCAAUUAAACAUGAUCUUGAAGUUCUUUAUUUAUCACAUCCGAGAUGGCGUAUACGCGAUACAUCGCGCUAUAAACCAUUUAGAAAAGUAGUCAAUGGCAAUACGCCGAGUUUAAAAAAACUCGCAUCCGAAUUAUUGGGCAUUGAAAUACAAACCGGUGAACAUGAUUCCGUUGAAGACGCAAGAUCGGCAAUGCAAUUGUAUAUGAUUUAUAGGAAAAAAUGGGAAAUGGAAGUACGUUCAAAAAGAUGAUGGCGAUCUCACCAAGUUAGUGAUAUUAAAAACAAACAAAAAAAUUAACCUGCAUUUUUCUUAAGAAUUAUAAAUUCUCUAUAUUGUUGAUCUUAGACUCGAGAUCCUUUGUCUCAGGGAAACUUCGUAAAUUAUUAUUAUUAUUAUUAUUAAUAUAAAGUAAAUUUUUUUCCCAUUGUGUAAAUAUGUUAAAUCUUUUUCUUAAUUCGUUUUUUUCUAAUUACGUUUUUCAAUUGUUACGUAAAAAUUAGAUUUUGAAAAAGGAAAUUUAUUUGAAAAAAAAAACUUGAAGUUACAGUGUAAACUAGUUUUAAAUUUGAGCGAUUUCAUAAAAAAAAAAAAAAAAAAUCGAAAUGAAA